CCGCGCAGAACCGAUUCCAAAAUCUUUCGGUUCCCCUUCUCUCACUGUAUGUCUCACCCGCUUUGUCCUCUCUCUCUCCCAGAGGAAUCCAAGCGAAAUUUCGAGAACACAGAAUUGCUCAUUGUUUUCCAGUGUGACCGCAACCGCGUCGUCAAUCGUACGCUAGCUUUUACCUUAUUCUUCACUGCCUGAGCCUUUGAUCUGAAAGUGAUGGCGGACGUGCAUAUGGGAUCAGAGUCGGAGACCUUCGCUUUCCAAGCGGAGAUCAACCAGCUCUUGAGCUUGAUCAUCAACACUUUCUACGGUAACAAAGAGAUCUUCCUUCGUGAGCUCAUCAGCAACGCUUCUGAUGCAUUGGAUAAGAUUCGAUUUGAGAGCUUAACGGACAAGAGCAAGCUCGCUGCUCAGCCAGAGUUCUUUAUCAGAAUCAUCCCUGGUAAAGCUAAUAAAACUCUAUCUAUUGUCGAUAGUGGCAUUGGCAUGACCAAAGCAGAUUUGGUGAAUAAUUUGGGGACAAUUGCGAGGUCUGGAACAAAGGAGUUCAUGGAGGCAUUGCAAGCUGGAGCUGAUGUCAGCAUGAUUGGUCAGUUUGGUGUAGGGUUUUACUCUGCUUACCUGGUAGCAGAGAAGGUGAUUGUCACCUCAAAGCACAAUGAUGAUGAUCAAUACGUUUGGGAGUCUCAGGCUGGUGGGUCUUUUACUGUCACCAGGGAUGUGGGUGGUGAACCUCUUGGCAGGGGUACCAAGAUCACCCUGUUCCUUAAAGAAGAUCAGUUGGAGUACUUGGAGGAGAGGAAGAUAAAGGACCUUGUAAAGAAGCAUUCUGAGUUCAUCAGCUAUCCAAUUUACCUAUGGACUGAGAAGACCACUGAAAAGGAGGUCAGUGAUGAUGAAGAUGAGGAAACGAAGAAGGAAGAGGAAGGGGAUGUGGAGGAAGUCGACGAGGAUAAGGAAAAGAAGUCAAAGAAGAAGAAAGUCAAAGAGGUGACUCAUGAGUGGCAACUUAUUAACAAGCAGAAACCAAUUUGGUUGAGAAAGCCAGAGGAGAUUACAAAAGAGGAAUAUGCAUCGUUCUAUAAGAGUCUCACAAAUGAUUGGGAGGAUCAUCUUGCCGUGAAGCACUUUUCUGUUGAGGGACAGCUUGAGUUCAAGGCUAUUCUCUUUGUACCUAAGAGAGCCCCGUUUGAUCUCUUUGAUACGAGGAAGAAGUUGAACAAUAUUAAGCUCUAUGUGAGGAGGGUGUUUAUAAUGGACAACUGUGAAGAACUAAUUCCUGAAUACCUGUCAUUUGUCAAGGGCGUUGUGGACUCUGAUGAUCUUCCUUUGAAUAUCUCUCGUGAAAUGCUGCAGCAGAACAAGAUUCUUAAAGUGAUUAGAAAGAAUUUGGUGAAGAAAUGCAUUGAGAUGUUCUUUGAGAUUGCUGAAAACAAAGAGGACUACACCAAGUUCUAUGAAGCUUUCUCCAAGAACAUCAAGCUGGGCAUUCAUGAAGACGGUCAGAACAGGGCUAAGCUUGCUGACUUGCUUAGGUAUUAUUCUACGAAGAGUGGUGAUGAGAUGACCCGCUUGAAAGACUAUGUUACUAGGAUGAAGGAAGGCCAGAAAGAUAUCUACUACAUUACUGGUGAGAGCAAGAAAGCUGUUGAGAAUUCACCAUUCCUUGAGAAACUCAAGAGGAAGGGAUACGAAGUGCUGUUCAUGGUUGAUGCUAUUGAUGAGUAUGCUGUUGGGCAAUUGAAGGAGUAUGACGGAAAGAAGCUUGUCUCUGCAACUAAGGAAGGGCUCAAGCUUGAUGAGGAGUCCGAAGAAGAGAAGAAGAAAAAAAAGGAAAAGAAAAAGUCGUUUGAGAACCUUUGCAAGACAAUCAAAGAGAUUCUAGGAGACAGGAUUGAGAAGGUUGUUGUGUCUGACAGAAUUGUUGACUCUCCUUGCUGCUUGGUAACUGGAGAAUACGGAUGGACGGCCAACAUGGAGAGGAUCAUGAAGGCCCAGGCUCUGAGAGACAACAGCAUGAGUUCUUACAUGUCUAGCAAGAAGACAAUGGAAAUCAACCCAGACAAUGGCAUAAUGGAGGAACUAAGGAAGAGGGCUGAAGUCGACAAGAAUGACAAAUCAGUCAAGGACUUGGUACUGUUGCUCUUCGAGACUGCUCUUUUGACUUCAGGUUUCAGCUUGGAUGAUCCCAACACAUUUGCAGCAAGAAUUCACAGGAUGUUAAAGCUGGGUUUGAGUAUCGAUGACGAAGAAACUGCUGUGGCUGACGAUGUUGAUAUGCCAUCUUUGGAGGAAGAGAACAACGAGGAAAGCAAGAUGGAAGAGGUUGACUGAGGAGUUAAAGACAUAAAUGGUCAAUAAUAUAAGAUGUAUUCAAUAGUAUAGAUGUGUGAGUGUCGUCGUUUUAGUGUAAACUUCGCUGGGUUCUGAUGGUGUGGUUUUGUUCAGGUUUGUCUAAUGGUUUGUCUUGUGGCACUACUAUAUUAAUCUCAGUUUUCCCGCAAUUUCAUGUUUGGCGUCAAAUGUUCUCCCAAGUUAUUUACUCUUCUCAUUUCGAACCACUGCAAAUAUUAAGCAAUGACCUACAACAAAUUUGCCUCGAAAUCUUGUUUCGUUUGGUAUGAAGUGUAAUAGUAAUUUCGUACUGCAAAGUUCACCGCGCAUUGGUUCCGUAAAAUUGUAGUCGGAAGUUCACUGUCCAGUUCUCACCUUUGAUUCCAACACAUUCUCCUGUAGUUUUUUGGGAAAAUACAGCAAAGGCGAGGGCACAGGUGAGGCAAAUAGAAGGGAUGAAAAAAAAAAAGGGUUAUGGUAAAUGUUCUGGUUCAUGGCAAAUGAUACAAGACAUCCAGAAAGCAAAUUG